GCGCUGGGCGGGAGAGGCGGGAGAGGCAGGGUGUCCUCCUGUAGAGUCGGGCUUUGGAAGUCGGGCCGCCUUGGCCAAAGAUGGCGGGCUCUCUGGGUUGUCUGGUCGUGGCAGGUGGAGGAGAGAGCAGCGACAGCGAAGAGGACUACUGGGAUAUCGGGUACAUGGAUCGUGCGCCUCAGACUAUGAAAGGGUCAUUAGUGACUGAAGAAAAAGGUGAAAUCUUUAAGAAAGCUUUGACUUCAGGAGAUGUUUCACUGGUUGAAGAACUUCUGAAUUCUGGAAUGAGUGUAGAAUCCAGUUUUCAAUUUGGAUGGACUCCUCUUAUGUGUGCUGCUAAUAUUGCUAAUGUGGAGUUGGUGCGUAUCUUGUUGGACAGAGGGGCUAAUGCAAGCUUUGAUAAGGAUCAAUAUACUAUUUUAAUGGCAGCAUGCACUGCACGUGCUUCAGAGGGUCAGAUUUUAAAGAGUGUAGAACUGCUACUUUCAAGAAAUGCUAACCCAAAUGUUGCUUGCAGGAAAUGUAUGACUCCAAUCAUGUAUGCAGCUCGAGAAGGCCAUGCUCAGGUUGUUGCUCUCCUUGUUGCUUAUGGAGCAGAAAUAAAUGCCCAAGAUGAAAAUGGUUAUACAGCCUUGAUGUGGGCAGCACGUCAGGGUCAUAAAAGUGUAGUUUUGAAGUUGCUUGAACUGGGAGCUAAUAAAACAGUACAGACCAAAGAUGGAAAGACGGCAGGAGAGAUUGCUAAACGAAAUAAACAUCCAGAGCUCUUCACUCUACUUUCUUUGACUGUGAAUCCAUUGCAAGGAAAGCUCCAACACUUAACUAAAGAGGAAGCUAUAUGUAGACUUUUGACAACAGAUGGUGAUACAGAAAAAGAACACAAAUUUAGUUCAUAUACAGCUUUUGGUGAUCUGGAAGUAUUUUUACAUGGACUUGGACUUGAGCAUAUGACAGAAUUACUAAAAGAAAGAGACAUAACCUUAAGGCAACUUCUGACAAUGAGAAAGGAAGACUUUACGGAGAAUGGAAUUACUAAUGUUAGAGACCAACAAAAAAUUCUGGAUGCCGUUAAAGAAUUACAGGUAGAGGAAAUAAAAUUUGGAGAAUUGACUGAAGUGAUAAACUUGGAAAUCAGUGGUGAUGAGUUCCUCAAUUUUCUGCUGAAAUUAAACAAACAAUGUGGUCAUUUAACUGCAGCAGUGCAGAACAUAAUUAACCAGUUACCAGUAAAUUCUCAUAAGAUAGUACUAGAAUGGGGAUCUUCCCAAAGGUUUACAUCAGUUUGUGAAAAUUUGGUUUGUAAUGUUGAAGAUCUGAGUGAAGAAGUCUGUAAACUAAAAGAUUUAAUUCAAAAGUUGCAAAAUGACCAGAAAAAUGAUCCCUGUCGUGUACUGCCUGUUGAAACAUAUUCUACCUGGAAUAGCAGAUUUUUGAAGAGGGCAACAUUUACAGUAUGCGGAUUUGGGUUUCUCCUCUUCAUUUUCAAGUUAACUUUUCAGAAAAGCUGAUGUUGAGUCUUAUUUUGAGCAAUGUGUAUAGUCAAGCCUUUGGAAGAGAGUUGAGAACUACCAUUUAUGUUAUUCUAUACUCUCAAACACUUUGAGAAACAUUUCAGAAAAAGGUUACUCAUGUUUCUUUACAGAUUUUUUUUCUGUCAGAUUUAUAAAUCUAAUUUGUUAAUUUUGAUCAAGAUACAAUUAACAGGUAAUUCUGUGAUUUUUUUUAAAUUCAUUUGAAUAUCUUAUAUGAUUAUUCAUCACCUUCAAAUAAAGUUUUACCUAGUUUGUCUUUGAUCUGCCAUAUUAAUGUGUGUGUUUUGCACAGAAAUGAAAGACUGUGCCCAUGUGGAAUACAUUUUUCCCCUAUAAUUUGGAAAAUAUUCGCUAAGGUGUUUAUGUUGAUAUGUCUCAGAGAAAUAUAAAGUGCUUUCUGUUAGUCUAUAAUCUGUCUUUCCAUUUGUAAGACUUUCCUUUGGAAUUUUAUAUUGGGCCUUAAGACAAAAUAUUCUCAUUUACAAAAUUUGCAAAAUAAAAUGGUUUUGAAGCAUUC